AUGAAGCUCUUCUUUCUCGGGCUUCUAGUAUUCGUCUCGAGCACAGUUGCUACUGGUCCUGUACCGGUCAGCAGAAGUGGCCUUGCUGGUGUUGACGGAUUUACUUUCUACGAUCCCUAUUGUGCUCAUGGCUGCUUUAGAUGCUUCUCUUCUUUUAAACUGUCGUGCACCACUAUAGUCAGCCCCGGAGGUCACACAACCGGCACCGAGGCUGCACACAACUUGGCUGUGUGUCGCUCGUCCAACUUUCCGUAUCUAAGCUCUAUAGCAUGGUGCAUACAAUUAUAUUGCCCAAGCAAUGUUCGUGCUUCAACUGUUGAGAAAUUCUGGGAAACGCAAAUCACCGGAGAUGUCAAAAUCCUUCCCAAGUGGACUUACGGUGAGACGUUGGCAAAUAUUACGACGCCUGUGACAGAGGUUGCGGAAGGGAAAGAAUUGAUUCUGAGCACAACCAUGCUCACAACCCACGACAGCUGGAAAACCACGCAGGACACGUUGAUAUACUUCUUCCGCGAGACCGCCCAAGAGUCGUACUAUGGACUUUCUAUUUGCCUGACAGCCUUUGCUUUACCAAUUAUACUGACUUGGCUGGGCUGCCUCCCUUUCAUGACAACCGUACUGGAACAAAUUAAACCUUGGAUCUAUCCCAGCAUCCUCAGAACUUACCACGAUAGACCCCUCCCUUACCUGAUCGGAAAUGUCCCUACAGUCGGACAGGGCUUGUACAUCGCAGUCGUGGCCCUCUUGAAUAUCAUCUUCCUUGUGGUCGGUUAUAAAUGUUUAUAUCCCAACCACGUCAUGCAGUGGUAUGUGAAUCAUUACCAGGAACUUAUGGCUUAUUGGAUGUGGCGCACUGGAGUCUUAGCAUUCGCCAAUAUGCCGACGCUCCUACACUCGAUUCUCGCACUUGUCUUGUAUCAGAACACUGGCUCGUACGACGAUUCGCUCAAAACUAAGUGGUGGAUCUGGGGUUGUGUCGCCACAGUCGCAGCUGUCAUUAUUAUGCUCACAAGUGUGGUUGUUCUGCGUCAGCGUGCGUAUGAGCUGUUCCUGAUGACGCACAUCGUUAUGGCUGUUAUCUGUGUGGUAGGUUGCUGGUAUCAUAUUUGGUACGGGUACGAAGGUACAUUCGGCUACGAAACUUGGCUUUACGCCACCAUUGCUGUUUGGUUUUUCGAUCGAUUGGCUCGUCUGGGCAGGAUCCUGAAGACGGGCAUCAAGCGUGCCAAAGUGUCUGAUGUCGGUCCCACUAUAGCACGUGUCGAUAUACCAGGCAUCCGUUGGGCAGCGCCAGGCCAAUGCGUCUACGUAUAUUUUCCAACGCUCAACAUUCUGCGACCAUGGGACAACCAUCCGUUCUCUAUGAUCCCGACAUCAACGCUAGUCCGGCCAAGGCACAGCGAUAGAGCCGAAUUAGAUCCUGCCAACGUAGAGAAGAAUCACACAGUGACAGUGGGCUCGCAGCCGGCCACAGAUAACCACACUUACACAACCUCGGGCCUCACACUGUUCAUUCGCAAAAGGGCAGGCAUGACGGGCUCUUUGAAAUUGAAAACAGGCUUACUUACCCUCCUUGAAGGCCCGUAUCCUACCAUUCCCACAAGAGCAGUCCUUCAAAGCGACCGACUCGUGCUUAUUGGCGGCGGCAUAGGCAUCACUGGGCUUCUGCCAUUCUUACAGCACCAUUCAAACGCCAAGCUAUUCUACAGUGUUAAAGCAGCCGAUCAAUCCCUAGUGGACUGUUUGAGGCCAGUGCUAGACAAUAUCCAUGAGAAAGAGAUUGUAGUCGGCUCUAGACUGGAUAUCGACGGGUUACUGCGGAAUGAGGCAGGUCUUGGGUGGGCCAAGAUCGCGGUUGUGGUAUGCGGGCCGGCCGGAAUGUGUGACGAUGUCAGGGCAGUUGUGUCCAUGCUUGCUAGGGAGAAAUCUGGAAGCUGCUCAUUUGAGCUCGAGGUUGAUGCGUUUUCUUGGUAA